UUACCUUUUGUCGAUGAAAAAGUUUCCAAAGGAGAAAAUCGAGUGGCACCGAAAAGGAGGAAAGAAAAAGCCACCUGUGGCAAUCUUGCAACAGCAAGGCAAACCCAACUUCCAACACCUGUUAAAACUUGAACUCCUUCAUCUAUUUGUAUAUAAAGGAAAGACCCAAUGGGAUCAUUGUUCAGUUCACCUCAGAUUAGCAAAGAACAAAUGGAGAUAGCCCUUACCAAAGCCAAACAGAUCGUUUCCUCUAACCCCGUCGUCGUCUUCAGUAAAACAUAUUGCGGAUAUUGCACGAGGGUGAAGCAGCUUCUUUCCCAACUUGGUGCUACUUUCAAAGUUAUUGAACUUGAUCAGGAAAGUGAUGGAAAUGAGGUGCAACAAGCACUACUUGAAUGGACCGGGCAGAGGACUGUACCAAACGUGUUUAUUGGGGGAAAACAUGUUGGUGGCUGUGACAGCAUAGUAGAGAAGCAUCAACAGGGAAAGCUACUUCCCAUGCUCAAGGAUGCUGCUGCUGUUCCCAACACUUCUGCCAAAGUGUAAACACAUCUAUCUAUACAGUGUAGUUAAGCUGACAAUAAAAAUGAAGUUGAGGUUGCUGUUGCUGUAACUUUAACGGCCUCGGGCCUCCUCUAGUUGGGGUUGUUUAAUAAGGCAUUGGAUUUCAGGUUUCAUUUUCUCUUUUGUCCCAAGUUUUCUAAACAUUUCCUUUUACCUUUUUCCCUUUCAACUUACUGCUGCAACAUUACCAUCUGUGUGAGAAGUAUAUACUGUAGAUUUCGCGUUACAUAUGCCUUUCUCUUUC